AUGACGAUGACUUCGGGUUAUGGGUUCCCAAAUGUGACCGAAACCCCGACUCCAUCUUGUACACCUCCACCAGUUCCGAGCUGUGAAGAUACAUGCGAAUUCUACCUCUGCGAAUCAAUCCCCGACGGUAUGAACCUAGACGAACCCAACAAUUCGACCACAAAAUGCUGGCUCGAUUUAUUAAAUAUCGCCAAAUCGAACGUGAAAAUCGGCUCCUACUAUUGGUCGCUCUUGCUCAAGGACUCUGAGCUGCCGGCUAAUUUCUCGGACCCGAGAAACUCGGGGCAGGAUGGUCAAGACAUCUAUGACGGGAUUGUUGCCACGGCGAAGCGGGGGAUUCGGGUUGAUAUAGCACAGAAUUUCGAUACGUCAACGUCAAUGACCUGGGAAGCAACAGAUAUGGAAAAACUAUCAUCAAAUAUCCGACCAUUUUUUGGAAUCAUCCACACAAAAAGCUGGGUGGUCGACAGCCGGCACUUUUACGUCGGCUCCGCGAAUUUCGAUUGGCGAUCGCUGCGUCAGGUGAAAGAGCUGGGGAUACUGGGGUUGAAUUGCCCGUGUAUUGCGCAGGAUGUGGAGAAGAUUGAGGAUACUUAUUGGGAUUUGGGACUUCCGGACGCUAAGAUUCCGUCCAGCUGGCCCGAAUCGCGAUGGGUUGGUGCUCGUCAUGGGAAUCCUUACGUAGUUCCGCAGCUCGGGGCCACAAAUCUUGAUGUUUACGUAUCGAGCUCCCCUCCCGAAUUCAACGCCUGUGGCCGUGAAAACGACAUUGACGCCAUGGUCAAGGUAAUCGAUGAAGCCACCGAAUUCGUGCACCUAGCCGUCAUGGAUUACAUCCCAGCUACGCUAUAUUUGAAAGAAAAUUACUAUUUCUCUGCGCUUGACGACGCUAUUCGGAGGGCGGCAUUUAGGCGUGUGAAGGUUAAGUUCAUGAUGUCAAAAUGGUCGCACACAGCUUUCGAAUAUUUUGGCUACCUCCACUCGCUGGCCACGCUGAACGGCUCGCUACCCUGCACGUGGCAGGUCAUGUAUGAAACGUGCAAGCCGGGUACUCAAGGGGAGGUGGAAGUGCGCAUAUUCGAGAUCCCACCCGACGGCCCGAUCACCGAUAAGAUCUACGCUCGGGUCCAGCACAACAAAUAUUUUGUCACGGAGAGCACGGCUUACAUAGGCACCUCUAAUUGGUCGGCAGACUAUUGGAUUACGACGGCCGGGAUUGGAGUUAUUGUACGGUCUGAUAAUAUUCAGGGGACAGCACCGAUUGUGAGUCAGACUCAAGACGUCUUCAUGCGGGACUGGAAUUCUGAAUACGCGACCGAUAUAUCUCAUUUUGACAAUAGGGGAAAUCGGAUAGACCCUACGGCUAAAUAUGGUGUC